UUAUCUCAUCAACAAGUCUUUCUCUCUCUAGACAACCAUAAGAACACAAAACACACAAAACAAAGUUUCUUUCUUUGAAGAAGAAAUGGAAAAAGUUGGUGUUUAUGAUGAGCUUGAUAACCUUAAGGCAACAGAGCUGAGAUUGGGAUUACCAGGGACAGAAGAAACUGUUUCUUGCGGUAAAAGCAACAAAAGAGCUUUACCUAAUGAUACUGAGAAAGAGAUUGAAUCCACUGGAAAAACCGAAACCGAAACCGCUUCUCCUCCAAAGGCUCAGAUUGUUGGAUGGCCACCAGUUAGAUCUUACAGAAAGAACAAUAUUCAGACAAAGAAGAAUGAAUCUGAAGGUCAAGGAAAUUAUGUGAAAGUGAGUAUGGAUGGUGCUCCAUAUCUAAGGAAGAUAGAUCUAACUAUGUAUAAACAAUACCCUGAGUUGAUGAAGUCACUUGAAAACAUGUUUAAAUUCUCUGUGGGAGAAUAUUUUGAGAGAGAAGGAUAUAAAGGCUCAGACUUUGUUCCUACUUAUGAAGAUAAAGAUGGUGAUUGGAUGCUUGUUGGUGAUGUUCCUUGGGAGAUGUUUGUUUCGUCUUGUAAGAGGUUAAGGAUCAUGAAAGGAUCAGAAGUUAAAGGUUUAGGUUGUGGUGUUUGAUACACCUAAUUGAGAGACUAAAGAUCAAAGAGAAAGAUUCAAAAACAGAGUUUUUUUGUUCUGUUUCUUGAAACAGAGUAAAUAUAGCUCUGAAACUGCUCGGGUUUUCGGGGAGAGAUGAUGUUUCAUACAAUCAUACUUUGUGAAUUUUUACCUCAUCGGUAAAAAAUAUACACUUCUUGUGGUG